AUGAAUAAUAAAUAUUUUUCGUUGAUCUAUCUAUCUAUCUAUCUAUCUAUCUAUCUAUCUAUCUAUCAGGCGAAAAUAAGUUUUAGUGCUGGCAGAACACAAACAAGCGUAGAAAAAUAUCGAACAUUGUUAAUUCUGUUUUCCCAACCGAUAACCGUUACGCACCUAGCACUUUGCACGUCAUUUUCUCUCUCACCCAUUCACUCUCUCCCCUUUCUCUCCCCCUUUCUCUCUCUCACCUUAGCUUUCUACCUUUCUCUCUCUCUCUCCUUCUUUCUUUCUCUCUCUUCCUUUCUUUCCCUAUAUCUACCUUUCUCUUUCUCCUUUUCGCUCUCUGCCCAAUUCACUCUCUCCCCUUUCUCUCUGUCUUUUUCUCUCUCCUUUCACUCUCCCUUUCUCUCUCUCCCUUUAGCUUUCUACCUUUCUCUCUCUCUCCUUCUCUCUCCCCUUCUUUCUCUCUCUCUCCCUUUCUUUCCCUAUAUCUACCUUUCUCUUUCUCCUUUCCGCUCUCUCCCCUUCUCACCCACUUUCUCUCUCUUCCUCCCUUUCCUUCUCCCCUUCAUCUCUCCUUUUUUCUCUAUCUCCCUUUCUCUCUCACUUCUUAAUAUCUAUCGCUCACUAAAUCGGUCGUUCUGUCUCGCUCUGUUCAUAUCUCUAUCUAUCUAUCUAUCUAUCUAUCUAUCUAUCUAUCUAUCUAUCUACAGGACAUCGUCCACUGAUGGUGACACCAUUCAACAAGUAGAAACUGACAUCUUACGGAGACAGUGGGGUCUUUUUUCAGUCAUCAUCACCCUAUCUCUCUCUCUCUAUCUCUCUCUCUCUCUCUAUCUAUCUAUCUAUCUAUCUAUCUAUAAUGUUUAUAUUUACCUAUCUCUCCCAGUUUGUUCAUAUCUAUCUAUCUAUCUAUCUAUCUAUCUAUCUAUCUAUCUAUCUAUGUUUAUAUCUACCUAUCUCUCCAGUUUGUUUCUAUCUAUCUAUCUAUCUAUCUAUCUAUCUAUCUAUCUAUCUAUCUAUCUAUCUAUCCUAGUUUGUUCAGAUCUAUCUAUCUAUCUAUCUAUCUAUCUAUCUAUCUAUCUAUCUAUCUAUCUAUCCCAGAUUGUUCAUAUCUAUCUAUCUAUCUAUCUAUCUAUCUAUCUAUCUAUCUAUCUAUCUACCCCAGAUUGUUCAUAUCUAUCUAUCUAUCUAUCUAUCUAUCUAUCUAUCUAUCUAUCUAUCUAUCUAUCUAUCUAUAAUGUUUAUAUUUACCUAUCUCUCCCAGUUUGUUCAUAUCUAUCUAUCUAUCUAUCUAUCUAUCUAUCUAUCUAUGUUUAUAUCUACCUAUCUCUCCAGUUUGUUUAUAUCUAUCUAUCUAUCUAUCUAUCUAUCUAUCUAUCUAUCUAUCCCAGAUUGUUCAUAUCUAUCUAUCUAUCUAUCUAUCUAUCUAUCUAUCUAUCUAUCUAUCUAUCUAUCUAUCUAUCCUAG